UCCAUCUACACUCGAAAACUUCAUCAUCAUCUUCAAGGUUUAAGAUUGGCUUCAUGAAUCUCCAAUCACUGUUCUCAGAUGAUUGUUUAAUCUUAUCUGAUAAAAAUCAUUUGCUUCCAUAAUUGUUACUGAAUCGUGCAGAACUGAUCAAUCACGGGUCCCACCACAUUGUUUGUUUCAAGAAGCUAUUAACGUCGGCUGAUUCCAAAUGGUGAUGACACAUUUUUCACGUCUCCGACAACUUCUUCUUCUCCAACCCAAAUUCCUCUCUUCUCAACCUCGUCCUCUCCGUUCUCCUCCUCCAACAUUUCUCCGAUCAGUGAUGGGUUCGUCUUCUUCUUUCUCCUCUUCUUCCUCGAAGCUUCUCUUUCGUCAACUCUUUGAGAACGAAUCUUCCACCUUUACUUAUCUUCUCGCCGACGUUUCUCAUCCUGAUAAACCUGCUUUGUUGAUUGAUCCGGUGGACAAGACUGUGGAUAGAGACUUGAAACUGAUUGAUGAGUUAGGACUAAAGCUUAUCUAUGCUAUGAACACUCAUGUUCAUGCUGAUCAUGUCACUGGUACUGGACUUCUUAAGACGAAGCUCCCGGGUGUGAAAUCCGUUAUUUCGAAAGCAAGUGGUUCCAAAGCUGAUUUGUUUCUUGAACCUGGUGACAAAGUAUCUAUUGGUGAUAUAUACCUUGAGGUUCGUGCUACACCUGGACACACUGCAGGAUGUGUUACAUAUGUGACUGGUGAAGGAGCUGAUCAGCCCCAACCAAGAAUGGCUUUUACCGGGGAUGCUGUACUCAUCCGUGGUUGUGGGAGGACUGACUUUCAGGAAGGAAGCUCAGAUCAACUCUACGAGUCUGUACAUUCACAGAUAUUUACAUUGCCAAAGGACACAUUGAUCUAUCCUGCUCACGACUACAAAGGUUUCGAGGUAAGUACAGUUGGAGAAGAGAUGCAACACAACCCGCGUCUAACUAAAGAUAAAGAAACAUUCAAAACCAUUAUGUCAAAUCUGAAUCUGUCGUAUCCGAAGAUGAUUGAUGUUGCAGUACCAGCAAAUAUGGUCUGUGGGUUACAAGAUGUGCCUUCUCAAGCCAACUAAAAAAAACUCUUACAUAUAAUGUUUGUCUUUUUAUCGAUGUCAUUCUAUAUUUACCAAAGCCAAUAAAAACUCUUGAGAGUAAUUUCUACAAUAAGAUUUGCUUCCGUUGUAGAUAAGUUCAUUAGAAAAUUGUGUAAAUUAGAUUGAACAUGUGGAAUUUGUUAUGAAGAUGAAGACAGUAUUUGCGUGUUCGACUUUUGUUUGGUUUGUUGAUUGAUGUGUCAACUACUUUUCAAUUAACAUAAAUCUACAUGAGCUUUUUCAACCACCA